ACACUGCCAUUUUCCUAAAGCGAAAAAAUGAACACUGGGAUCAAAAGAACAACAAAAUAGUCCAGGUGACGAGAAAGAUGGCUGACACAAUAAAUCACAUGACGCAGUACUUAAAGAAGAAAGGCCCGAUACUGAACAAAGAUGCAUUUGUUAAUGCAGCGAAAGAUGUGAUCUCAAACACUCAGACUGUUACUCAGUUCAUCAGAGUUAUUGCCAACCUGAGCCUGGACAAACAGUGCACGGUUGAACUUUCCCUCAUCAUCGAACAGAUUCUGACCAUCACUAAUCAGCUCAACAUCAUAUCCAGUGUAAAUGCUGUCACACCUGGGUGCAAAUCAUCUGAUGAGAUCCUGGUAAAGAACGCACAAAAUCUUUUUCAGACUGUUCUGAGAGGGCUCCAUGCUGCAGAAACAGCGUGCAUUACGGGUCUGAAGCAGCCAGAACCAAACUCAGACGACGCAGAGGCCACAGCCUUGUGCUUCCAGUGGAAAAAAAACUUAGAGAUCCAUCGAGCCCAGCAGACCACCAACCCAGAAACUGAUGAUCUCGGUUUAAGAAAAACAUCAUUGCACACUUUAGCUCCCAGUCUGGCCCCGCAGGUUAAUGUAAAGACCACCUUCAAGUAACACUUGAAGGUAGUCUUUACAUUAACUACCUUCAAGUAGAUGUAUGAUGGCCAUUAUGAAGUCAGGCUCCUUAUAUGUCAAAAAGCUGUCAGAAAGAUCAACUCCUUCCUUUCUAUUGGACAAUCUAUA